AUGACUUACACCUUCUACAACACCAUCAACGGCGAGAACCGCAUCAGAGCCAACGUCCACCGAGGCGUCGACCCCCGCACCGAAAAGGAACUCUGGGAUGCCCCCAUUGCCAGUGUCGAGGACCUUGACGAGGCUGUUGCCGCGGCCGAGAAGGCUUUGAAGACAUGGUCGCGAUCGACGAUAGAGGAGCGGAAGGAGGUUCUUACAAAUAUGGCGGAGAAACUGAAGGAGCAUGCUGCCGAGAUUGAGGAAAUCGUCAAGCUCGAGACGGGGAAAUCUGCACUCAUGGCCCAUAUCGAGGUUGCCAACAGCGCAGGCCAGUGCCUCUACUACGCCGAAAACUACCUCGAGGACGAAGUAGUCCACGAAGACGAUACCGUCAAAAUCGUCCAAACCCACGUCCCCCUCGGCAUCGUCGGCGCCAUCUCCCCCUGGAACUUCCCCCUAAUCCUCAGCAGCCUCAAAGUAAUCUCGUCCCUCAUCACCGGCAACUGCGUCAUCGUCAAGCCCUCCCCCUUCACGCCCUACUCCACCAUGAAGGCCGCCGAGCUCUGGCAACCCCUCCUGCCACCGGGCGUCCUCCAAUGCCUCAACGGCGGGGCGGACCUCGGGGCCGCCAUGACGUCGCACCCGGGUAUCGCCAAGAUUACCUUUACCGGCACCAUCGCGACGGGAAAGCGCGUCAUGGCGAGCUGUGCUAAGACGCUCAAGCGCCUCACGCUCGAGUUGGCGGGGAACGACGCGGCCAUCGUGUGCGAGGACGUGGAUGUUGCCAAGGUCGCAGGGUUGACGGCCGCAGGGGCUUUUUUUAAUGGUGGGCAGGUGUGCGUGGCGACGAAGAGGGUGUAUGUGCAUGAGUCGAUUUAUGAUGAGUUUUUGCAAGAGUAUGUGGAGUAUGUUAAGGGCAAUAUUCUGAUUGCUGAGGAUGCGACCAUGACGACCUUUGUGCCCAUGUCGAACAAGGCGCAGUUUGAUAUUGUGAAGAAUAUCAUCGACGACUGCAAGAAGAAUAACUACAACAUUGUCGAGGGAGGGAAUGUUCGUGACAAGGGAUUCUGGAUCGAACCGACCGUCGUCGCCAAGCCGCCCGAGGAUUCACUCCUUGUGCAAGAGGAGCAGUUUGGCCCUAUCAUCCCCAUCCUCUCGUACAGCGAUAUUGACGACGCGCUGAAGCGAGCCAACCUCGCCAACGCCGGUCUCGGCGCCACGGUCUACUCCAAGGAUCUCAAGCGAGCCGAGGACAUCGCUCGUAGACUCGAGGCCGGGUCCGUAUGGAUUAACGGUCAUGAGAGACCACACCCGGCGGGUUACUUCUCGGGCCUCAAGGAUAGUGGAUACGGAGGAGAGAUGGGCAAGCAGGGACUGCUAUCGUACUCGUACACCAAGACGCUUCACUUCAACAAGGAUUGA